AUGGCAGAUAAGGACACAGAGAUGGAGAGCACAGAGGUCACCCUGCUGUUUAAGUACCAGAGCCUGGAUGUCAAAUCAAGUCCUUCUGCUUUAUCUCCCUCUUCCCCCCAAGACUUGGGGUUCCCUGGGCCUAAGACAGUCUGUGGCAAUUCUCUCAGCAGCCGGCCCCCCUGGACCCGGGGCAACGGAACGCGAGCCCCACCCCGGUCCAAGCCGGGGGAACCGGGGCUUCGGCCCCCCCUGCGGGAGCACGUCCCCAACGGCGCGGCCAACAAGAAGAUGAGCAAGGUGGAGACGCUGCGCUCCGCCGUCGAGUACAUCCGCGCGCUGCAGCAGCUGCUGGACGAGCACGACGCGGUGAGCGCUGCCUUCCAGGCGGGCGUCCUGUCGCCCACCAUCUCCCCCAACUACUCCAACGACAUGAACUCCAUGGCCGGCUCCCCAGUCUCGUCCUACUCGUCGGACGAGGGCUCCUACGACCCCCUCAGCCCCGAGGAGCAAGAGCUGCUCGACUUCACCAACUGGUUCUGAGGGGCUCGGCCUGGCCAGGCCCUGUUGCGAAUGGACUUUCGAAGCAGGGUGACUGCACAACCUGUCUCUUUAGUGCUUUCUCGUUGGUGAUGCUGGAAGGGAGAAAAAAAGAAAAAGAGAAGAA